CUGAUUUUUUUUCUUUCUUUUUCUUAAAGAUCAUCACUUUGAUUUUCAGUUAACCUGGACCUAAAAAGAAUUCAACAAAAAUAAACCCAGAAUUUGCUUCUUUUUGUUUUCUACUAGCAAAUUUAACUAGAGGUACAUAUAAAGAAGAUGACCCAACUUGCACAAAAUUUAGUUUAGCUUUUCAACAUAUGAGCACAGAAAUGGGUGAAGAAGAAGGGAAAGAACCAGUGGCCGUCGACGAAGAAUCGAGUCUUACAAGCGUAAUUCGACGAAUAUCUGUGUUGAUUUCGCAUUCUAAUUCCACUAAAGUAUUCCAUGGGAAAUGGCAAUUGAUAAGAGGCAAACUAGAAGAACUGAAUUCUGGGUUAAAAGCAGCUGAGAAUUGUGAAUUUGGUGAGAAUUUUAUGUCCUCCGAAAUGAUUCCUGAUAUAUUAGUAACAGUUAAUGAAAGUUAUGAUCUUGCGAAUCGAUGUAUUAAUCUUACUUAUAGCGGGAAACUUCUUAUGCAGAGUGAUCUUGAUAUAAUUUGUUCACAAAUUGAUUCUCAUUUAAAGAAACUUACAGGUAUUUAUAAUGCUGGAAAUCUAACCCUAGGUUCUGCAAUUGUUGUUUCUAAACCUAGUUUUGGUUGUAGUAAAGAUGAUAUGAAAUUCUAUGUUAAUGAUUUGUUAACAAGGAUGAAAGUUGGUGGUUCAGAUAUGAAAAUUCAAGCUUUGAAGGGUUUGAGUGAAGUUACAAUGGAAGAUGAGAAAUAUGUGAUGAUUGUGAUUGAUACAGGUGAAAUCGUUGGAAUUUUAGUGGAAUUUCUUGAAUUCACUGAGACAGAGAUUCAAGAAGAGUCAAUGAAGACAAUAUCUGCAAUUGCAGGAUUUGAUUUGUAUAAAGGUGUUCUUGUUGGAGCAGGAACUGUAGCACCUUUGAUUAGGGUUUUGGAAUCAGGAAGUGAGUUGGGGAAAGAAAGAGCUGCUAGGAUUUUGCAGAAACUGACAGAGAAUUCAGAUAAUGCUUGGUUAGUUUCUGCACAUGGUGGAGUUACUGCCCUUUUGAAGAUGUGUACUACUAAUAAUGGUGAUCAGAGUGAUAUAAUUAGUCCAGCUUGUGGAGUUCUAAAAAAUCUAGCUGGGGUUGAGGAGAUUAAAAGGUUCAUGAUUGAGGAAGAUGCAGUUCCAGCUUUCGUCAAAUUGAUGAGAUCCAAGGACGAAUCUUUACAAAUAAAUGCAAUUGAAUUUCUACAGUUAAUGGCUUCUGGAGAUGAAUCCAUUCGGCGAAUUGUUGUCAGAGAAGGAGGAAUUUAUUCAUUAGUCCAAAUUUUAGAUCCAAAAGCUUCUUUCUCAUCAAAAACUCGAGAGAUUGCAUUAAGAGCAAUUGAGAUUUUCUGUUUUAAUUCUAGUACUUCUCUCAGUUCACUUAUGGGCUAUGGGUUUCUUGAUCGGCUUCUUUACAUUCUCCGAAGCAGUGAAGUUUCAGUUCAAGAAUCAGCAUUAAAGGUAGGAAUUCGUCUUUGCGGGAUAUCGGAAGACACUAAAAAGGCAAUGGGGGAUGCAAAUUUUAUGCCGGAGUUUAUAAGAUUACUUGAUGCAAGAACUCAUGAAGUUCGAGAAUUGGCUUCUGAAGUACUGUCCAGCAUGAUUUCAGUCCCAAAGAAUAGGAGGAAACUAAUACAGGAAGAAUGUAACAUUAGCCGAAUGCUGCAAUUGCUUGAUCCAGGGGAGGAAAAAUCAGGUAACAAGAAGUUCUUAUUAUCUAUUUUAAUGUCAUUAACCAAUUGCAACAGUGGUCGAAAAAAGAUUGCACAUUCCAAUUAUCUUAAGAACUUGGAAAAACUUGCAGAAACCGACGUUAGUGAUGCCAAGAAAAUUCUUAGAAAGUUAUCUACCAACAGAUUUCGAAAUAUAUUAAACGGGAUAUUAAGAUCUUAAAGUUUGAUCCUCAUUUUGGUAUAAUAACAUUUAAAUUCACAACCUUGUUUCAAUCUUUUUCAUUUUCUUCAAUUUACUUCUUGCACAAAAUCUUUUCUUCUCCUGUAUUAGUUCUUAAUCUCCAAAAAACGUGUUCAAAAGCGAAAAGUGUAUGUAAUUUAAUUCUGUUAUUAAGGAUGCUUAAAGAUAAUGUA